ACUUUCCUGGAGUUCACUUUUCGGCCCCGUUGUCGGCCUAACUAAGAACAUUUUCCCGUUAGGAACUGUCGUCGUCUACUUCCGUUGAACAAUGGCUGCGAUUCUCACCAUCGCGAGGAGGAUUGCAAGAAUGCAACAGUUUCGUUUUGCUCGAAAUCCAUUUCUACAAUCUGCGAUCGCUAAUUCUUUCUCGCGGUCAUCAUCGUCGAAUCUCUCUUCUUUCUCUUCAGCAUUUCAUCGAACAGGUUCAGUACGUUCUCGACUAUGCACACAUUUCCUUCGUCGUAUUUCGUUAAAGCGCUUGUCCACUCAAAUCAAUGCGCAAGUAUUUGACUUUCCCUCUUCGGAGACCCAAAAUUUGAUUCCACCGGAUCAGCGUAUGAUUGAUUUGAUCAGACGGGUGGCUCUGUUGGACUCGGAGGCGCAUGCCAUGGCUUCUCUCGAAGAUUCAUCCUUUCAUCUGAAUCACGAUUCGUUGUAUUCUUUGAUAUGGGAAUUUAGAGACGAAUGGAGGCUUGCCUUUUUGGCGUUCAAAUGGGGCGAGAGAUGCGGCCGCGGUGAUAAAAAAUCUUGCGAGUUGAUGGUUUGGGUUUUGGGUAAUCAUCAAAAGUUCAAUAUCGCCUGGUGUUUGAUCCGAGACAUGUUCCAUGGUUCAACAGAUACGAGAAAUGCCAUGUUUUUGAUGAUGGACAGAUAUGCUGCUGCUAAUGAUACUAGCCAAGCUAUUCGGACUUUCGAUGUCAUGGAUAAAUUCAGACACACCCCUGACGAAGAGGCUUUUCGAGGAUUAUUGUAUGCCUUAUGUAGACAUGGCCACAUAGAAGAGGCUGAGCAAUUCAUGCUUGCAAAUAAAAAGCUCUUUCCAGUGGAUGUGGAAGGAUUCAACAUUGUUCUUAACGGUUGGUGUAACAUUUGGGUUGAUGUGACUGAAGCAAAGAGGAUUUGGCGGGAGAUGGGGAAUUACUGUAUCGAACCUAACAAGGAUUCCUAUGGACACAUGAUCUCGUGCUACUCUAAAGUCGGGAAUCUCUUCGAAUCUCUCAGGCUUUACGAUGAAAUGAAGAAACGCGGGUGGUCACCUGACGUUGAGGUUUACAACUCUCUGGCCUAUGUGUUGACCCGUGAGAAUUGCUUUGAUGAAGCUCUGAAGCUUGUGGAGAAAAUGAAAGAGUCGGGACUAAAACCGAAUUCAGUAACUUACAACUCGAUGAUACGCCCUCUAUGCGAGGCUAAAAAGUUGGAGGAAGCAAGGAAUGUGUUGGCCACCAUGAUCAACGAGAACCUAAGUCUGACAAUCGAUACAUUUCAUUCAUUCUUGGAGAUUGUAGAUUAUGAUCGAACUCUGGAGGUAUUAAAUGAAAUGAAGAUUGCUGGUUUAGGUCCCAAAGGAGACACCUUUCUCCUCAUUCUGAGAAAUUUGUUCAAGGAGAAGCAACCAGAGAACGUCUUGAACAUUUGGGCUGAAAUGGCUCGUUUUGACAUUGUAGCCGAUCCCACUCUUUACUUGGCAAUGGUUCAGGGUCUUGUGACAUGUGGUUGGCUUGCAGAAGCCAGAGAGAUUUAUUCAGAAAUGAAAUCAAAGGGGCUUUCAGGGGAUCCUAAACUCGAGAAACUUCUUCAGAAACCAGUACGAGGAAAUGUCAAUGGGAGAAAGAAGAACGUGAGAGGGUUCGGAGCGAGUAAAAUGAAAGGUCUUCAAAAACAGAGUUCUAGGGAAAGCUAUAAACGACAAAAUUGAUCAAGAUACGUAAAAGAAUUAGAUGUGGAUUUGACCAGAGAUCGUAAUCAAAAGAUCACUUAGAUUAUUUUCAGCUCAAUUUGGGCAUAAUCCUGAGAAUUGUGAUACAAUGUGUCUGCACGAGACCAAGAGACAAUUGCUCCUUCAUGCUGCAGUUUGCUACAGGAAGCUUUCCUGCCGAUCUAUCAAUGGCAUUUGCUUUGUAUUUUCGCGCUAAUUCGGCAUUCAGUUGCAGGGCCAGAACUUCUUUUUCCUUUGCACAUUGCCAAGGAGAAUACUUCAGCGACCUAUUGAACAAAUGACACGCCUUUCAUGCAACCCGAGCAUCGAUGUGUUGUGCUGCAAAUAAUUGCAGAUCCAACAAGAAUCGAAAAUCUACCCAAUAAAGCUAAGUAGAAGGAAGUAGAAGCUUUUGACUAUUUCAAGAGUGCUACAGACUCUGGUCAAGAUCCAAGAAAAGCUGG